AUGUCCACUCGCACCGAGUCUCUUGCUCAGGCUGUGGACCAGGGUCUACUGCCGUCUUCCCCACGGCAAGAGUCCAUUGACACUCCCACCACGCUAAAGGCCAACGCUCAAACAAGCCGCCUCUCUGACACAGUGCCAAUCGAUGAAGUUGAGCCUCUCGCAGCGUACACGUGUCCGAUCUGUUUUUCGCCUCCAACAUUUGCUACGAUCACCCCGUGUGGACAUGUCCUUUGUGGCGAGUGCCUGUUUACUGCAGUAAAGACGACGAUCCAGCGAGGAGCGUACACUCUUCCUCCGGGUGAGCGGAUGACAGCCAGAUGUCCCGUGUGCAGGGCGCCCAUCCCUGGGUGGGAUGGGAAAGGUGGAGGUGUUAUAGGCUUGAGACCGCGAGCAGUCUUUAGUCUGUAG